AUGGGCCAGCACUCGUUUGUCGCCAUUGCCUGCGCGCUCGCAUUGCUGCUGGCUUCAGCUGCCGCUCGUCCCAGCAAGGAGGAUCUAUUCAACGAGGUGAAGGCGGCUCGGGAAGCGCUCAACGACCCUAAAUUGGGCGGCCGAUACAAGAGCAGCGGCGUAAUUGUGGACCAGCUCGUCCCAAUUAUGGAUACGGACUGGAACCCACCAGACGACUAUCUCGCCAACACCGAGGGGAAAACCGUCCUUCUACCCGACGAUACAGCCAUCGCUUCCGCGGCGCCUGACGCGGUUACCACGUUCGCGAAAUCCAAGUUUCAGCGCAACGACGUUACCCCGUACGGGAAAUGGAUUCAUGCGAACAUUCUGGACGGAGUGUACGAGGAGGACGACCUGGCAAACACCAAGGGGCUGAAGAACGCGAAUGGGCACAACGUGGAUGCGGCUGAGAUUUCGGACGCCAAGACUGGCAAGAAGAAGGUGGCGUUAGGGAAGGGCAAGGCCAAGAUCAAGACUCCAGCGAUUUUCAGAGGGAAGCUUUUUAUCAUCCAUGGCGUGGAUGCGGUGCAGCCGAGGGAGCAGUAG